AUGGCUGGUGAUUUAAUUCUCCUUGCGGCUGUCUCUGUUCUUUCCGCCCUCCAGCAAUGUUAUUUUGCUUGGCUGGUGGGGAAAUCAAGAAUGAAGCACAAGGUUAUCCCCCCAGCUGUCACUGGAGCUCCAGAAUUUGACAGAACGUUUCGUGCACAACAAAACUGUGUGGAGUUUUACCCAAUAUUCCUGACUGCCCUCUGGACUGCAGGGUGCUUUUUUAAUCAAGAAUUAGCUUCCUUUCUGGGUGCGCUGUACAUGUUUGCCCGCUACAAGUACUUCCACGGUUACAUACAGUCUGUGAAAGGAAGGUUAACAGGUUUUUAUUUGAGUUUGAUAAUUAUAAUUUCCUUGAUAACCCUGGGUGCAGCAGGGAUUGGUAACAGCUUUCUGGAUGAAUACCUGGACUUCAGCAUUAUGAAGAAACUCCGUAAAUGGUUCUGA